AUGAUGGCAAUGGAUGGGGGCAACUUGAAAGACCGCUUUUCCUCCGACCCUCCCCGGGUCAUCGGAGGCAUUGAGUUCGGCGCGCUUUCCCCUCAGGAAAUCCUCAAACUCUCCGAGGUCGAAGUCGCUACUCGAGAUCUCUAUGACCUCCAAAAGGGCCGUGCCCCCAUGGAGUACGGCGCCCUGGACCCCCGUAUGGGCGUGUCCAGCAACAUGAGCAAGUGCAAGACUUGCGCGGAGCCGCUGGCCACCUGUCCCGGCCAUUUUGGCCACGUGAAGCUGGCACUCCCUUGUUUCCACAUUGGUUACUUCAAGGCCACCAUCUCCAUCCUGCAAAACGUGUGCAAGGACUGUGCCCGCAUUCUCCUCUCCGACGAGGACCGACGCAAGUUUCUGACCGAGCUGCGGCGUCCCGGCAUCGAUAAUCUGCGCAGAAUGCAGAUUCUCAAAAAGGUCAACGAACAAUGCAAGAAGCAGCGUCGUUGCGUGCACUGCAACUCGAUCAACGGUGUCGUCAAAAAGGCCGGCCCUCUCAAGAUCAUCCACGACAAAUUCCGACACGUGGGCAAGAAGAUCCCCGAGGAGAAGACCGAGUUCGACAACUCCUUCAACACUGCCAAGGAGUCUAUCCCUGAUGUCGAGCGGCUGCAGAAGAAGGCCAUGGACGAUCUCAACCCUCUUAAGGUGUUCAAUCUGUUCCGAGAGAUUUUGCCUAUGGACUGUGAGCUGCUGGGCAUGGACCCCGGCAAGGGACGCCCCGAAACAUACAUCUGGAGAUACAUGCCUGCUCCUCCCGUGUGUAUCCGUCCCUCGGUGAUGCAGGACAGUGCGUCCAACGAGGACGAUCUUACUGUGAAGCUCACUGAAAUCGUGUGGACCAGCGCCAUCAUUGAGGCUGGUCUCAAGCAGGGCAUGGCAGUUGCCUCGCUCAUGGAGCAAUGGGAGCUGUUGCAGCUGGCCGUGGCAGUCUACAUCAACUCCGACACGCCCCAGGGUCCCGGUCAGAGCGCCUCUAAGCCCAUUCGGGCGCUGACCCAGCGUCUCAAGGGUAAGCAGGGCCGUUUCCGAGGAAACCUGUCAGGAAAGCGAGUCGACUUUUCCGGUCGAACCGUCAUUUCUCCUGACCCCAAUCUCAGAAUCGACCAGGUGGCUGUUCCCGACCGGGUGGCCAAGAUUCUGACAUAUCCUGAGCGCGUGACUUCUCACAAUAUUGAAAAGCUGCGUAACUUGGUGAUCACGGGUCCUUCGCAGCAUCCAGGCGCCAACUACCUCUUCAAGAAGGGCGAGUCUCUGCGGCGAAACCUGCGAUUUGGAGACCGGGCCAAGAUUGCCGAACGACUUGAGAUUGGUGAUGUGGUGGAACGGCAUUUGGAAGACGGAGACGUGGUGCUGUUCAACCGACAGCCCUCGCUGCAUAGGUUGUCGAUUCUGGCGCACUUUGCACAGAUUCGGCCCUGGCGAACGUUCCGGCUUAACGAGUGUGUUUGCACUCCCUACAAUGCCGAUUUUGACGGAGACGAGAUGAACCUGCACGUGCCGCAGACAGAGGAGGCACGAACGGAGGCCAUGUGCCUGAUGGGCGUUAAACACAACCUGGUGACGCCACGAUCUGGAGAGCCUAUCAUUGCCGCCACUCAGGAUUUUAUCACCGGCUCUUUCCUUAUUUCCAAGAAGGACUACAUGAUCGACCGACGGACAUUCUGCCAGCUGCUGGCAAUGAUGUCGGACGGAGACAUGCAGUUUGACAUUCCUCCCCCUGCUAUCCAGAAGCCCGUGCAACUGUGGACCGGAAAGCAGGUCUUUUCUUUAUUGAUUCGCCCCAACAAGAGCUCCAAGGUGAUCAUCAACCUGGACGCCAAGAACAAAACCUUCCAACCUCCGCCCCAGGGCUACCCCCGAGAUAUGUCCCCCAACGAUGGUUUUCUCGUCAUCCGAAACUCUCAGGUCAUGUGUGGAGCUAUGGACAAGGCUACUCUCGGAGACGGUAAGAAGGACUCCGUUUUCUACUCGAUUCUCCGAGACUACGGCCCUGACGAAGCUGCUGGUGCCAUGAACCGAAUGGCCAAGCUGUGUGCUCGGUGGCUGGGUGGCCGAGGUUUCUCCAUUGGUAUUUCCGAUGUCACACCUGGUGCAGAGCUUUCUUCCACCAAGGAGAUUCUCGUUGAACAGGCGUACGCCAAGUGUGACGAGCUGAUUGAGGCGCUGGCACAAGGCAAACUGGAGCCCCAGCCUGGUUGCACACCUGCACAGACUCUGGAAGCCAAGAUUGGUGGUCUGCUUUCCAAGGUGCGAGAGGAGGUCGGAGAGGUGUGUAUCAAGGAGCUGGAGAAGUCGAAUGCUCCGCUGAUCAUGGCCACGUGUGGUUCCAAGGGAUCCACGCUCAACGUGUCUCAGAUGGUGGCGGUUGUGGGCCAGCAGAUCAUUUCCGGCAAGCGAGUACCCAACGGUUUCCAGGACAGAUCUCUGCCUCACUUCCGAAAGUUCUCCGUGACGCCUCCGUCCAAGGGUUUCGUGCGAAACUCAUUUUACUCGGGCCUGGACCCUCCAGAGUUCCUUUUCCACGCCAUUUCCGGCCGUGAAGGUCUAGUUGACACAGCUGUGAAGACAGCUGAGACUGGAUACAUGUCCCGUCGGUUGAUGAAGUCUCUUGAAGACUUAUCUGCUCGAUACGACUCGACUGUGCGAACAUCAUCCAACGGCGUGGUGCAAUUCCGAUACGGAGGCGAUGGUCUAGAUCCCUUUGACAUGGAGGGCGACGCCAGACCUGUCGAUUUCAACAGAACAUGGACUCACUGCGAGUACAUCUCUUCAAAGUUGGGCAUUGAGCCCGAGGCCGAGACAAUCAAUGUGUCUUCCGUGCCUGACACACCUCUCAAGCCGUUUGAGAUCAUGGCUGUGGUUGAGGAGCAGAUCUUCGCGCUGGAACAGAAGCUGCAGCGAAUGGACAACUCCGGAAACAUGCUUUCUGUGGCAACCAAGGCAGCACGUGACCGUGCGUCAGCAGAGAAAUAUGUCGACGAGGUGGAUCCCCGACGAGACUUCCUGCAGUCCAUCAGAGGCUUCAUUUACACAAAGGCCGAGGAGCUGGCUACCGUGCGUGAGUCCCGUGGUCUGAUGGGCCUGUUGGAGAAGCCCGAUGGUGACGAAUACGACGGUCAGGACUUUGAUCUGUUUGCUCCCAAGGCUGUGAUCCGUGCAGUCAACCAAGUGUGUCGAAUUUCGCACCGAAUGGUGGACACCUUCCUGCAGGCCUGUCUUCGAAAGUACCAGAAGGCGCAGGUGGAGCCUGGUACAGCUGUUGGAGCUAUUGGAGCGCAGAGUAUCGGAGAGCCCGGUACUCAGAUGACUCUAAAGACGUUCCAUUUCGCCGGAGUCGCCUCCAUGAACGUGACACUCGGUGUGCCUCGUAUCAAGGAGAUCAUCAACGCUUCCAAGGCCAUUUCCACGCCGAUUAUCACUACCGUUCUUAACAACGAAACGGAGUUGCAGGCUGCUAGAAUCGUCAAGGGCCGUAUCGAGAAGACUCUUUUGGGCGACAUUGCUCAUUAUAUCCAGGACGAGUACUCGUACGCCAAGGCGUCUGUUCGAGUUCGAAUUGAUUUCAACACAAUUGAUCACCUCUUGCUUGAAAUCGACAUGGACCAAAUCAGAGAGGCGAUCAUCAAGGCUCCCAAGCUGAAACUCAAGCCUGGUCAGGUGUCGAUCGAAGAAGAGAAGUACAUUCGUGUCGACAUUGAAUCUGAUGCCGUCAAGAAGAACGGCUCCACGACUAUCAUUGAUACUGAUGGAGAAAUCUUUGAGGAAGGUGUUGAAUCUGACACUGCCAUGUUCCUGCGUACUCAGCAUCUCAAGCGGGUGUUGCCAAAUGUGGUUGUCAAGGGCUUCACUGACAUUUCUCGAGCCGUCAUUAACAUUCGAGAAAAGGACAAUACCCAUGAGCUGCUCGUCGAGGGUUACGGUUUGCGCCAUGUCAUGACAACCUCUGGAGUCAUUGGUACGCAGACUUCGACCAACCACGUGCUCGAGGUCAAGGAGGUGCUUGGUAUUGAGGCUGCUCGUGCCUCCAUCAUUCACGAAAUCGACUACACCAUGUCCAAACACGGCAUGUCUGUGGAUCCUCGUCAUAUUACGCUUCUUGGAGAUGUAAUGACAUACAAGGGUGACGUUCUUGGUAUCACCCGAUUCGGUCUUGCCAAGAUGCGAGACUCGGUUCUGCAACUGGCGUCGUUCGAGAAGACCACCGAUCAUUUGUUUGAUGCUGCUUUCUACAUGAAGACCGACGAUGUGGAGGGUGUUUCCGAGUGCAUCAUUCUGGGCCAGGGUAUGAGCAUUGGUACUGGUGCCUUCAAGGUGCUGCAGCCUCUGGCUCUGGACAAGGUCAAGAUUGGCCCCAAGCCUCUGCUGUUUGAGGAGGUGUGCAAGCAGCUCAAAAAUGUAAAGUUGGAGGAUUAA